AUGUCUUCACUUUCAGAUCUCAUCAAUUUCAAUCUUUCAGAUUCCACUGAAAAAAUCAUUGCUGAAUACAUAUGGGUUGGUGGAUCUGGCAUAGACAUUAGAAGCAAAGCUAGGACUCUUCCUGGACCAGUUAGUGACCCUGCAAAACUACCUAAGUGGAACUAUGAUGGGUCUAGCACAGACCAAGCACCAGGAAAAGAUAGUGAAGUUAUUUUAUAUCCACAAGCUAUUUUCAAGGACCCAUUCAGGAGAGGGAAUAAUAUUCUUGUGAUUUGUGAUGUUUACACUCCAGCUGGAGAACCAUUACCAACAAACAAGAGAUACAAUGCUGCCAAAAUUUUCAGUCACCCUGAUGUUGCUGCCGAAGAACCAUGGUAUGGUAUUGAACAAGAGUAUACUUUAUUGCAAAAAGAUAUCAAUUGGCCAUUAGGUUGGCCUAUUGGUGGAUUUCCAGGAAAACAGGGUCCAUAUUACUGUGGAACUGGUGCUGAUAAAGCUUAUGGACGUGACAUUGUUGAUGCACAUUACAAAGCAUGCAUUUUUGCUGGAAUUAACAUUAGUGGCAUCAAUGCAGAGGUUAUGCCGGGUCAGUGGGAAUUUCAAGUUGGCCCUUCUGUUGGUAUUUCUGCUGGAGAUGAGAUAUGGGCUGCUCGCUAUAUUCUAGAGAGGAUAACAGAGAUUGCUGGAGUUGUUGUUUCAUUUGAUCCAAAGCCUAUUCCGGGAGAUUGGAAUGGAGCUGGAGCUCAUGCAAACUUUAGCACCAAAUCAAUGAGAGAAGUUGGAGGGUAUGAGGUCAUCAAGAAGGCCAUUGAAAAGCUUGGAUUGAGGCACAAGGAACACAUUGCGGCUUAUGGAGAAGGAAAUGAGAGACGCCUCACCGGAAAACAUGAAACCGCCGAUAUCAACACCUUCUCUUGGGGUGUGGCAAACCGUGGAAGUUCAAUUAGGGUUGGAAGAGACACAGAAAAAGAUGGCAAAGGUUACUUUGAGGAUAGAAGGCCAGCUUCUAACAUGGACCCCUAUGUGGUCACUUCCUUGAUUGCUGAAACCACCAUUCUAUGGAAGAAGCCAUGA